UUGCAUCCAUUUAACAUUUUAUUUUAUUUUAUUCAUCCCUUCAACCAACAUCGACCACAUCAUUCUAUAAAUCAUAUUUAUUCACUCUCAACAGCACCCGCGCACCAAUCAACCAACACCACUACUCAUAAUAAGGUAGGUGCAUUGAACUUUCUGGUGUGUUUUUUUGUGUUCUGUUGAUGAUAACAACUGUUGUGAAAUGACUUGCCCUAGACAAUGUUCAAGUUUUAAUAGGUCGUAAAUUAUUUAUGUGCCGAAAUUUUUAUUGUUAUCAUCAUUGAUGGGAAUAACAGAGGUUUUUUGUUUUGUGGAGGGGAAAUGAAAUAUGGUCACUGAACUUUGACAGCGUAGCUUACCGGACAUCUAAAGGGAGAAAGAAGAUUGGCGUGGCGUAGUGAAAAUUUGGUUAGGAAAUUUAAGAUAACUCAGGAAAUGUUUAGAAUUAUCAGAAAAUUAUGAUUUAUUGGUCAGGAAAGAUCUACAAGAAAUAUUUUGUUCUUGCUCUUCAAAGUUUUGAAAAAAGUGCAAAAGUCUGACUUUUAACAUCAAUGGGAAAUUCUGAAAAUAAAUUAAUAAUUUUCAAAGUCAGGUGAUCUUACAGAAAUUGUAGCUCAAUCAAAAAAUGAAAAAUCUGUAUCUUGCACUUUUUAAGAGCUCUUAACCUUCUCAUAUCCAAAACAUCAGUUUCAUUUUUUAAAGUAUACCUUAAAAAUGCUAUUUUUUUACGAAUAUAAACUAGAAACUCGUAAAACUCAGCAUUUAGUGAGUAUUUACGGGGAUACAUUCAUAGUUGAUCACAAAUCGUAAAUUUAUGGGAGUAGUAAAAAAUGAGGUAGAAUUUUGCCAGGGCAAUAUUUUUAGAGUUGGUAGAAUUGAAAAUGUUCCGAAGUUUUGAAUUGAGCAGAUCCUGUCCAUAUUGCAAGUUCAGAAGUUUAUGGAUGAGGAGAUUCAUAAUUCCAAGAAAAUUUUGUGGAUGAUAUACAUUUUACAUGAUUCUGAACGUGAGGAAAUCUAAAUAUUUUUUAUAGCACAGAUUUUGGGUUCAUAGAAACGUUAUUUUAUGAGCAGAACUUCCACAUCUUUUCAACCUACCUAAUAUUUAGAAACACAAUUUAUUUUUAUCCGAACCACCUCCUUUCCUACCCCAAGAAUCAUCAGAUAAAAUCUGCUAAUAGUUCAUAUUUAUGUGAAUAAUACUCUUUCAAAAAAAAAUAUCGCCGACACCGACAACAACCCAUUACUGCUUGCUUCCUAAUAAUAAUGCUCUUUCCGCGCGCAAAAAGUUAUUUAUAUCUGAAUGUUUGGAUUACUGUAGUUCAAUGUUUUUUUUUGUUUACCACAACAAAACAACAACUUGAAUAUUAAAAUAAAGUGUUUUCCUUUGUGGGAAUCGCAUUUAAAUUUUUGUGAAGAAAAAAAAACACAUUUUUCAUGAAAUGGAAUGAAAUGUGGCACCCCCUUCACACAAUGAGUGAAAUGUAAAUUAAUGUUUUCGAAUGGUGGUAGGCCAGAAGAAAAAACCGAGGAUAAAUGUGUGUUGUUUGGUGUUUUGGGACAUAGGGCAAAAAAAAAAAAAAAGCAGGUGUGAAUACUUUAUGGGACGAGGAGGUCACUAAUGUUUUUAUUGACUUGUGGACAGAUAUUAUUAUUAUUAUGUAUGUGUUUGAUCAUUUGGAAUGCAUAUCAUUUGAAUUCUGUUAUUAUUCAACCAUAUGAAUUUGAAUUUUGUUUUUUAUUAUUAUAUCUGGCACGAUGUUUUUAUUUAUUUAUUUAUUUGAAAUUCAUCUCCUGCUUUGUUCAAAAGAGGAACAAAAUUUGGAAACGGAACGGAAGGGAAAAAAAAUGCAAUUUAUGCCUUUAUGAUGGAAAAAACACAGAAAACCUUAAUCCUCUUAAUAACCAAGUCCUUCUCCCCAAAUCCUCAAUCGUCGCCAUAACUUUCGUUUUCUUUCGAUUGCCGCCAGUCACAUCCAAUUCCAAUUUCACCAAAUUUGUUUUCUUUUUUUUCUGAUUUUGUCAACAAUUCAUAAAAAAAAGUGUGUCCCCCGCAAUCUAGAAAAUUGAAAAAAAGAAAACACGUCCUCCCUCUUCCGACUUUUCGUAACUCAGCUUGAGAAAAAAGGGCCGCCCGUUAGUCUAUUGAAAAUUGCCAUAAAUCGUGAACAAUGAAAAUCAUAAUAGUAAUAAUAACAAUAAUAAUAAUAAUAAUAAGCCAUAAAAUUGGACUCGGUUAUUUUUUCGUCUCUUUCUGCUUUUUCAUUUUUGUCCAAUGCCGACAGCGGUGAAAAUUAAAAAUUUGGAGAAAACACACUUCGAGAAAAAAUAUUUUGAUAUUUUUUAUAAAAAUUAUCUGGAUUUUGAAAAAGAAAUCUAAAUUUUGAGUGGCUUCGCUCACCCUAGGUGAAGAAUUCAAAAUGCGCCAACCCUCACGAGAUUGACGUGUUUGUGUGAAGUGGUGGUGCGUAUUGUCUUUUUAUUUUUUUUUCGAAAAGAGUUUUUGUUGUUGUUUUGAGAAGAACUGCGGUUCUUAUAGUUUUCUGAUUUUUAUACUUAUUCUUUUGAUUUGUGAAACCAUUCUGGCGAUCCCUUUUGGACUUAUCAUCAUUUAAAAAUAUAUUGAUUCGUAUUCCUCGCAGAAUCUUUUGUUAGUUUUAAUCAUUCUAAAGACUAAAGCUCUUCCACGUCACAAGUUUUUCUUUAAGAAAAUUAUAGAUUUGAUAAACUUUAACUUGGUAAUGUCAAGAAUCAAAACCAAAUCAUAAGCUUAAUUCAUAGCUAACCUAAAAUUAGAGUUUUUCAAAAUCGAAAAACUUCCUGUGAACAGAUAAAACCAAGCAUUUCUGGCCACUGUUGUUUUGAUGAGCACAUAAUUCCCAAGCACCAGAUGUUUCCCAUCGUCUGUUCCCCUCUGCUCAAAAAUUUUUCGCCUCGCUUCAAAAACACGUUUCAUCAGUCAGUCAGUCAGUCAGUCAGUUCAUAGUUGAUUACUUAUUUCAAUAUAUCACAAAACGUCGGCACUUUUCUCAUAUUCUUUUGUUUUCUUUUCACAUUUUCGUGCAUGCAUAUUUUUCUUUCUUCCGUCGAAAUUUUUUAAUUAAUUUUUUCACUCUUUCAAUUUUCUUUUUUUCUCAAAUAGGGAUUUUUUAGCUUGACAAAUUGUGUGUUAUGAAAAGAAAGGACACAAAAAAUAAGAGAAGAUUCUCAAGAAUUCCCACAUUUUUUAUGAAAAGAGCCGCCAUAAUUUGCAUAUGACUCAUUUAGAAUUUUUUCCUGAGAAACAAUUUUGAUAUGAUAUUUAUUUGCUUUCAUAUUUUUAUUUUUAGUAUCAAUAUGAAUUAGAAACAUUUAUAUGUGAGUGUAAAGAAAAUGUAUUUGCAUUAAAUAUGUAUAUUAAUCCGAUCCCUAAUCAAAUCCCUAGAAACUAUAGUUACAUUUUUUGUCUCACUCUUCACACCCUGACCUUGUUUGCGUUGAUUGCUUAACCUGAUUCUUGAGUAAAUAAUAUUGCAAAUUAGCCAGAUGCGCAUAAUUAACAAGAAGACAAGAGAGAAAAGGCGGCCAUACAUAUAUUAUAAGAUAUUUAUUUUAUUUAUGCAUUUGAAAAUUAAUUUGAUUUUAUUCAAAUUAACUAGGAAACCUUUAUUGAAACCUGAAGGAUGAAUGAUUUUUGUGAAAGUAAUCCAAAGUUGAGUGAACUCGAAUUUCAAAGCACUUUCUUGUUUUCAUGGAUUUUUUUUUCAAAAAAUGUACAUUUGAAUUUUCCGUAAGAUAUCCGAAAAAAAUGAAACUUCCCUAAUAUCAAUUUUUUCUAUACACGAUACAAAAAAACCCAAAAAUAAUAGUUGUGUCCUCCAAAAAAAAUGCACAAGGUUACUGUAGGUCAGGUGUAGAACAAAGACAACUUGACACAAUAAUCAAACGGGUUGAUUGACAUAUAACAUGAGGAAGAAGCGCGCGGUAUUGUUAAUUAAAGGAGCAUCGAGUUCUAUUUGUUUGUUUUAGAAGACACAGGUGUUAUUGUUUUCAUACCACUUAAAGGGACAAGUAGAAAAAAAAAAGAAUCAAAAGUCCACGAUUUUUUUCUUUGUUUUUUUCUUGAUGGCACGAAAAUUCAUGCAAUUCUAAUCACAUAAAAGAAGCUGUUCAGUGAACAAUCUUCUUUUUCGACAUCCGAAAAAAAAACACUUUUAGAUGGAAGAUAGAUUUCUUUAAUGUGAAUUUUUCGAGAUGUAUGUAUACAAAGCUAUUUUUUUUCUUUUUUGAGAAAAAAAGAAGAAAUGCGUGAAUUUUAUGAUUUUACACGAAAAUUUUUACACAUCGUAUCUUCUUUGAAUAAUUUGAGAAAUUACGUGCAUAAUAUUAAUGGCCCCAAAAUAACAAUAAUCUGAUGAUUUUUUUUGACAUGACAAAUAUUUUAUGGUUUCUUAAAUUUUUCUUGAAGCUUGUUUUUAAGGCUGGCGGGAUUUGAAUAUUUUUCAAGAUGAAUAAAAAUCUUCAAAAACCUGCCGGACUGAAAACUCAAACCUUGAAGAUUCUGAAAGACGUAACACCGUCUCUUCAAAAUUUAUUUAUCAUUAAAGUUCUCAAAUGCUCAUUCUGAUCUCAAAAAUAUAUUUGAACUCUUCUCCCAACCCUGUGCAAACCUUCUUUAUUACUAUUAUCUUGUUCUUUGUCGUUUCCCAUUUUUACAACAAAUAAAAAGGUGUGUCUGGGGGCCCCCUUUCCAUUCUCUUUCUUUAUUCUAAGCUUAUCUUGUAUGUACUCAUCUUUUCUCGCCUUUUCCCUCAAAAAAACUUUUUAUUUUAUUUUAUUUUACACCGUGUAAAUAAAUACAGUAACCUUAGCUUGCUCGGCCCACGUUCCAUAUUUGUUUUUGUUCUGUUCGAGACAAUACUACAUCUUUUUUUUUCAAAAAAAAAAAGAAUUUUCUGUGGUUUGGAAUGAAAAAAUGUAGAGAAUCAAAUAUCUAGAAGAAUCCUACAUAGAUGAAUAUCUUAAUUAAUGCACUUUUUUUGCUAGCUCAAAAAGGAGCUCAUUUAUGCACAUUGUGCAUUAUUCAGUUUAGUUUCAUGUUGUUUAGCCAAUCAAGAAGAACGUUGUCGUUUGCACUUUUAUUUCAUUAUUAUUUUUCUUUCCGUCUUCGUCUUCUUCUUUUUUUUUCGUUUUCCUUCAUAUUUUAUUAAGCAGAAGAGAAAUGCACUUUUUCAUUCUGUUCCAGAAAAGAUGAGAAAAAUAUCCACAAUUUUUUUGGUUGGUUGUAACAUAUAAUUAGUUGCCCAAACAUGACACAUACAGUAAUCCGUUCUACUUUUUUCUAUAUUGUUGUUGUUUGGCUGUCGGAUAUGGUUGAGGAAAUUGGCGAGCGAGGGGCGGAGUUUGGGGGGGGGGUGAAAAAAAAAGAGGUGGGGGAGCCGAAGCGGUCACCUGGAAAUUCGUCGCCAUUUUUACAAUUUGAGUGUGUGGCUGUGUGUUGUUUUGCUGCUACUAUUCUGCUGGUAUUUAAUUGACAUACAUACAUCCGCAACCUGCUCCUCUCUUCCUCUUUUUCGCCUUCUUCUUUUGCAAUUCAUUAUUAUUAUUAUUAUUUUUAUUAUUCAUGUUAUUUUUACGACGGUUGCAAAAAAGAAAGGGUAUCGUGAGUUGAUGAUUCAGAUAAUUUAUUUUAUUUGGGCUACGGCUGAAAAUCUCAUUAAGAAUAAAGGGCAACUUUUUUCAUUAGAAUUUUCUGGAAUAAAGUUUAAAGUCGUAAAAAUCCCAAAUCCUAGGAUACGCCAUUCUUGUUAUUCUUUCUUGGAAUCGAGGCUUGGAGGUUACUGUAGGUUUUAAAGAAAUUUGAUUUCCAAGUGUUUUCAGAAUUUCAGUUUUUGAGUGAAUUGAAAGUUGUUGUAACGUUUGAAAAUGAAAAUUACAAUUUUCAAAACGUAUUUCAUCUAAAAACGUUUCAUUGGUAAAAAUUCCAAUUAUUCUUGAAUUCUUAUCCCAUCCAAAAUUCAUUGGAUUACUGUAUCUGACUUCCAAAUGAAAAAAGUUUCGGAAUUUUUAGAAGUAAAUAUUCAAAAUUUUUAACCAGCCCAAAAAUCAAUUUAAAAAUGUCACUUUCAGAAAACCAUAAAAAAACAUGUCAAUAUCCAGCCCAAAAUAAAUGAAAAAAAGAAUAUGCCGCCCGCGAUCGUUAAAAUAAUCCAAAAUUCGCGCCAAAUCCGCAAAAUCAAUAAAAUUUGCGCAUCAUUUUUCGUCGUCGUCCUUAUUCUUCGUCUUCUUCUCGAAAAAAUGUUGUUUUGUAUAUAAUAUAUUUGAGAGUGUGUGUGUGUGUGUCGUCAAUGUCACACCUUCUUCUCUUCGGUAAAUAUUGAAAUAUUCGGUAAACAUUCGAAUAUUUACUCCGAACAUUUGAAAUUCAAAUUUUGUUGCUGGCCGAGCUACAAAGUGUUGAAAAAAACAACACGACGUUUAUUUUUUGAUUAGCAUAACUAAUAAUAAUAAUAAUAAUUGUUUGGGAAAGAAUUAUUGAAUAAUUAGGGGAGAUGCGCAAGUGUUGCGUAAGUCUUUUUGUUAUUUUUUUUAGGUUUGGGAAACAUUUAAAAAUCCUAGACAUUUUACACUGAAAAUAAAAGACGGAAAUGAAUGUACUUAAAGUUCAGGCAGGCAGGAUACAUUUUUUUCUUCAUUUUUUUCGUAAAAAACCCCCCAAGAUCACUCGUUUUCAUCAUUUAUCCCUUGAGCUUGAACUGGUUUGGUUUGGUUUAAUUUUUUCCUUCAUGAAAACUCAAUUAAAAUGAUUGACAUCAAAAGAUGCCGACUUUCAAUAAACUACAGUAACGUCGUUUUAUGAGUGAGAACAGAAAGAAAGAACACUUACCUUACAAAGAGAGGGCGAUAAAAAGUUAUUCAGAUUUAUUUUUUCAAUACUUAGUUAACAUCUGUCACUCACUCACUCACUCUUUUUACUCAUUUAUAUUUUGCCGACAGAAAGUCUUUUGAAGUCAGUCUAUUUUGCUCAAUUUUAAGAAGAAAAAAAUUCGUUUUUCUCACGAAAUCGCAAAAAUAUUUGUAUUCUCCUUGUGUUCAAUAGUGUCCGAUUUCAAUUUAUUGUUCCCUUCUCCGAGCAAACCAGUGUGGGGGUAAAGUAAAACAAUGUCAAUAUAAGCAUAUACAAGUUUACAUUUAUGUUAGAGCCACUCCUUCGUUUUUGCUUUAUAAGCCUAAUUUUUGUUGUCCCUCCAAAAAUUUUCAAGUACCUUCUUCUUACUCAUCAUUUUUCCACCACUUAUUCACACAAUCAUUAGUCAGUGGCUAAUAAAUAUUGACUUUGAUAUUGCUUUCUUCCCAGAUUAGGAAAAAUGUUUCCAUUUUUUUCAAAAAAAAAAAGAAAUUCAGGUGUUAACCAGCUGCUCUACCUUUUUUCUUCUCUUUUUUUUCUUCUUCUUCUUAUUGUCCUCGAUGGAACACCUUGAGUUUUUUUAUUGUUGGUCUUUUGUGUUGUAAAAAAUGGCAAGGAGGUAUUAAUGUGUUGUACUUUGACAUCUAAAGCUUAUUUAAGCCAGCAGAGACAAGAGAAAAACGAAAAGACGCCGGUUUUUUUCUCACAAGGCGACUAAUUAGUUGGGGCUCAGUUUUUUUGGUGGUAAAGAAACAAUGAACAUGCCUACUUUACGACUUGACGAUGCAAAAAAGGCGAUGUUCGGAAUAUGAUGCUUGAGGCAUGAGAAAAUGUCGGAUGAACUUUUGGGGUUUACAGUAGGAUUUUUGCUCUAGCAGAAAAAAUAUUGGCUUUGGUUUAUGAAUCUUUAGAACAGUUUUGGUCCAAAUUUCGAUGAGUUUCUUGAUUUUUCAACAAUCUGUUUUCCCAAUAUUUUGAACAAUCAAAUAAUUGUGUAUAGAAAUAAUUUUUUCAAUAAAUCCCUCUCAUUCCACAUUUGAUUUUGACCGGUUAGCAUAAUUUUUCCAUAUAAGUGCAUUCUCUAUUCUCAUGUAUUUGUAUUCUGCCAAAUGAGAUCCACAAAAAUCAAAAUUAUAUAAUAUUCUCACGCAAAAAAUACUUUGAUUUUCGAUCAUUUUAUUUCGUUUAUUAUGAAUCCUUAUUUUAUGCAAUUCGCGUUCGUUCCCAUCAUUGUUUUUCGCAUUCGAAAAUCCCGCGCGCGCAAAAAAUGUGAAUAAAAAGAAGAUGAAAAAAAAACGAGGAGAAGAGAAAAAGUCAUAAAUUUUUUCGUUUCGUUCACCUUUUUAUGGGCCACACAUGAAGACAGGUGUCUAUAUGACCACAUACGUAUUUAUGUACAUAAAAAGACUUCAACUAACACUCUAGAUAGAUUUUUUGUAUGAGUUCAUCCGUGUGAAAAAGUGAAACAUCCCUUUAUUUUGCAAAAAUGAAAUAGACUAAUGAAAAGAGAAGUAAAUAAGUAGGAGAAAAAGAAGAAAGUAGCAUCUUGUUGAAUAUUUCAUUCGCGAGUUUUUGGUGUGUGUGCAAUGGGUGUGAAGAAGUGUGAAGAAUGUUCAGUCAGGUGCAAAAUUUUGUUUUUGCCUCAAGGUACUAGUACUUUUUAUUUUGGAAUUGUCGUUGUGGUAGUCGUCGUCGUUUAUUUGCAAAACGAAAAAUAACAAUAUCUUCUCUUUUUUCUAGUUUUCAUCCUCAUUCAUUUUGUUGAAACAUAUAAAUUCUAUUCUGAAUUUAUUAUGAACUCGUUCCAAUGUAUGCAAAUGUUUUUGGUCUUUUAUGUUACUUUUGUGAAAAAAAAAGAUACAUUCGGAGAGAAAAUAGUUUCCCAUCAAUCUUGAUCCAACAAAAUUAUGCUCAUUGCUCUUCCAUCUUCAGCAAAGCACAGCAAAAAAUAAUUAGUUUAUCUCGAAUGAAUCUGACACUUUUUCUCCUCUUCUUCUUCUUCUUAUUUUUCAAUCUAUUUUACGAUUUUUUUUGGCUGAAAUUGAGAAUGAUCGCGAAUGCUAAUUAGUUGGCAUCUUUCUCAUUUUUACAAAUAUAUAAUAUACAGUGAGCAGAUUUUUUAGUGGUCUUUGCGCAAUGAAAAUGGAUAGGUAUCCCAUAUGUUCCUGUGAAUUAAUGUCAUUUGACACUUUGGAGAGCUGGGGAGCCACAAAAAUAGGAAUGAAAAUCAACUCGAAUAUUACAUGACUAGAAUUUAAAAAAUUCUCCAGUCUGAAAAAUGAAAAGUCACACGUUUUUUUCUAUUUUUUUUUAUUUUUGGGUUUAAGUUUUGUCAAAAAAUUUUGAGUAGUUCAAAGUUUUAUAUGAUUCCAACUAUACAAGGAAGUGAAAGGCUUGCUAGAAAACUUCCCGAAACUAGAAAAAAUCCAUGAAAAAUACAUGGAAAAGAUCGUCGAUCACUUCAACCUGUCGUCCGUCCAACCCUAACCAGUUAAUGAUCUUUUUCACUCACCUCACACACACAACACUUUCAAAUAUAUUUUACCGACUCGCAAAAUUAUACCGCCAAUUAUUUUCUUCAUCUUCUCCACACCCCCCCCCCCUCUUUCCAUCUCUUUUCGUUUCGUUAUUUUUCCCUGUCUUGUUCUAUUCAUCAUAACUUGUUUUCUUCCUUUUUUUCCCUUCUAUUCCAUCUUUUUGCGGUGCCUAAAAGCUCCUUGAAGGAAGGAGCAGCGAAAAUUCUGAAGAAGCACAUAGUUCAUAGCAAAAAUGUAAUCAUCGCAAUCUCAUGAGAAUUUUAAAGCAACAAACAAAAACAACACAGAUUGCUUAAAAAGAUUUGUAUUUUUUUUUGUUGCUCAAUAAUGGGAGGAGCACCAAGAGUUGAGUACGGUAAACGAAAGGGGGAGGGGGGUAGACCUCAAACCACGCCCACUUUCGAGAACAGCUGGAGAGGGAAACAUUUAUAUUUAUUAGAGGUUCCUUAUGGACCAAAAAAUAUUUAUUUAUUUAUUUUUGUUAAAAUAUACCGCAAUUCUUUUUGAUAGUCAUCUUCUCAUACAUAAAAUUCUUGACGUCACCUUUGAAGAUGUUACUGAUAAAAUAUUAUUAUUUCUUUCUUUCCAUAUUUUUCCAUAUACUGUACCUUUUCCCUUUUCGGUCAAUUUUGAAGUGAGAAAAAUUGGUUUGAUAGAGGCAACGUAACAGAAAGAAAAAAUAAUGAAGAUGUCACAAAUCGCAUCAAAUUGCGCCUCAAUGCGUACUCAAGUAGUGUGAACACACAGUAGAGCAAUCAAUAAUUUAUUGUUGUUCAGGGGUUUUUUCUUCUUCUCAAAUUCUCAACAAAAUUUUAAAGAUUACAUAUGUAGGUAGAAAAAACAGAAAAUUGAACAAAAAGGACGAUUUUUCUCACCUUGACGGAAGAAUCAUUCUUCUCUUUCAUAUUCAAAUUCGUUUUUUUCUGUUGUGUUAUUCAAUGUGUUUUCUCUGUCGCGUAGCGCAAAAAGUACAACCCAGCGUUUUUUGUUUCAUCCUUUCUGAUGGGUAACUUAAGUUAAGUUAAGUUAACUUAACUUUUUCACAAGUUGUCUGCGUGUUUUUUUCGUGCCUUUUUCCUAUAUAUGUAGUGUGUGUGUAUGUGAGCCAGAAGAGAAAGAUGCUACGCGAAAAAUUGUGCAUUUUGCCUCAUUCUUAUCUUGAGCCGCCGUUUGUUGCCGUCUGAAUAUUCUUCUUCUUUUUUUUGCUUCUUCUUUCCUUCUUUCAUCUUUUUCUUUCUUGAUUUUAUUUUUGAAAAAAAAUUAAAAUUUUCAGAUCGUAUAUCCUCAACUUGGUGAAACUCAUUUCAUACGGGAUUCAACAAUGUUUUCACAUUACAAGGGACUUUUGUAAGUUUAUUUUUCUCAAUCUUGGAAAUCUUGGGGUCUUUAUCUUGUUAAUAUAUAACAUAGAUACAUAUUUAAGAACAUGUGGAUUCAAUUAUCUACGUGCCACAAAUAUUAUUUGAAUUUUAUAAAUAAAAAUUCCUUCGAUUUUAUUUCUUUUGAGAGAAGAGGAGAGAUGUAAAAAUCGUUGUUGUGUGUUUCUCUAUAAAAGACAUAAAAUGUCACCCUCGAUUUUCACUAUAUACACAUACACACACACACACACACAGAAAAUGUAUACAUAAAUAUAUAAAUCUUUAUAAACAAAACGAUUGAAUUUCCCACCCAAUCCCUGAAAAUGGCAAAAUGUAUCCAAGAGUAGAAAAAUACAUGGAUAAAUAACAAUUUAUUGCGGGGGCUCCGAAAGAAUUUGGAUUGUCUGGCCCGAAAAAAAUUUUUGUUUAUACAUUGUUGAAACAAACAAGAAAAACUUUUUUUUUCUCCUACGGAAAUUUGAAAUUUGAAACUCGAUAUUCCAUCAUCGUCAGCAAAAACAACACAAAAAUGUUUGUGUUCUUUAGAUCUACGUGUAGAUUCGAUGAUGGAAGUCAAUUUUAACCCAACAAAAAAUAGGACAAAAUCUUUUUUGCAGACUUACGGGUAGUUCAAGAACCGCAAAUCAAAUAAAGAGAACUCAAGAAGAAGCUCAACGUCGAAAAGCCGAAGCUGAAGCCGCCGCAUUGAAAUUGCAACAACAGCAACAACAACAGAGAGGUUCACCAUUGAGUACAAAAAUCUAUAUCAAUAAUCAGCCACCAGUUGAAAUAUUUUUCGGGUCCGACACAGAAGAAGAUGAUUUUUCAUUAGAAGAUGUUGAGGAUGCUCAAGAAGUUGAUGAAACUUUUCGACCAGAAGACUAUGAAGAAGAAGAAGAAGAACUUGUUGAACAAGUGGCAAAUGUUCAAGAGGUAGAAAGAAUUGAACAAGUUGAAGAAAUUGCAGUUUUGGUGGAAGAAAAGCAAGAAGUUGCAAUUGAAGAAGAAACAAUUGAAGAAAGUAACGAUGAAGUUGGCGAACUUGUAGAACUUCCUCCAACUGAACCAGUUGAAGAUAUUGGAAGUCUUGAGAUGUAUGGAACACCAAUUCCAAGAUCAAAACCAGUUCCAAUUCGUCAACGCCCAAAAAUGCUCUACCCUUUUGGAAUCGAAGAGACUAAUGUCUACAUUGGAAGUUAUCGCAACUUGAAGUAAGAUUUUUCAGAUUUUUUUUGUUUUACUGUUUGAGCAUUCCUAUCUUAUUCAUUAGGGAUCUAAACGCCUUUCUGUCCCGUGCAUCCUUUUGCCUCAAUAUUGUCAAAAUAUAGAAAUGUUUAUUGAGCAAUGCGCAUGUGCGGGAUAGAAUGUUAAAAAGCGUUUUAUUUUUCUGUCUUUCUUUCCUUCUUUCAAACAUCAUGUUAAUGCAAUUUUUCCUAUUCGUUCUUUUUUUUUCAACAAUAUGUUAGGAAGAUGACUAUUGAUGUUCCCAUUGGGAAUUGCAAAAGGAUAUAUCUGUUUUUCAAAGAUUUUUUUGGGAAUAAUUUAUUGUUGCAAAAAUAAACACCAAACUGUUUUUCAGCCAAUUCGAUCUUCUCAAACACGAACUUUGCGAUAUUCUCACAGCUGGAUACACCAAUAUCUAUGUGUAUGUUAAUAUUUUUCCAAAAUCUUUAGGAACACCACAUAAACUAGAUAUUUUUUCAGUGACAUCAAGGCAAAGGCAAAAAAAUUGACACGUGCUGCAUUGUGCAUGGAACUUGUUCCAAUCGUUCUUCAAGAUGGUUGCACUUUCUUCUAUGAUGUUGAAACAACAACUUUGAUGCCAGAAGAGGAUUUGUUUGAUUUCUUGGCUGAUUUUUGUAUCAAAGAAUAUGAAAAUGGUAAUUUAAUUAAUCCCAAAUUUUUUCCAAACAAAAAAAAAAAUAAAAUUUACAGAAGUUUGUGACAGAAAGAGUGUUGCGUUGGAGCAAUGUUUUUUGGAUUUGAUGGCCGCAUAUCCAUUGAAAUUCUUUCCAAGCGAGAAAUCGCAAGGAUUUGAUAUGGGUUAUCCAUUGGAGCCAGAAGAGCCACCAGUGGAAUCACACAAGUUCUACACUCAUUGUCGUGCGUUGUUUGACGCGAAGACACGCGCAUUGGAGCACAAAAUUCAAGUGAGUUUUUGUGCAAUAUUUUGAGACAUUUUUCUUCAUUCAUUUUUUCGAAAAAUGUACAUACAUUUAAUAAUAAAAUACAUAUCAAACAUCUUUUGAAAUUUGAUAGUUUUUGCGACACAUUUUAUUGUCGUGUGUGGAACGAAGAAUUGUUUGUAUGGUAAUGGUCAUACAUCAAAUAUUUUGCAGCCAUAGCAAAAAAAAUCAAUCAAUAAAUUAUACAUUUUUCAGAAUAUUGAAUUGGAAUUGAACAAAGGAAGCGAUAUGAGCAUUGUGAGCAUCAAUCGUCUCAUCAGAUUCUUUUCCGAUGAAUUCAAUUUUCUACCAAUGUCUGUCAAAUCAACUUCUUCAACUGACACUGAUGAUAGUAUGUGGCCACCAUCUCCGGUUCCAACACCAUCUCCACAAGAAGUUGUUGUUGCUCCCCCAACGCCACCAAUCAAAUCAACAUACUUUUCCUACAUUUGUACAGCACAAAGUAUCUCACUCUAA